UUCCGUCCGCCUGCGUGUCCGUCCGCCCGCCUGCCCAGCCAUGGCCGCGCCGGCCUCUGCCCCGCGGAACCUGUUCCUCCUGGUCUUGCUGCUGCUGCUGCUGCUGCUGCCACCGCCCCCCGGGGCCCACGGUGAGGUGUGUGUGGAUUCCAGUGGAUACGACCUCCACCCUAAGUACUGUCCUGUUUUCUGCUGUGGCACCUGUUACAACCAGUACUGCUGCUCUGACAUACUGAAGAAAUUUGUGUGGAACAAGGAAAGCUGCGAGGACCGUUUAGCUGCGGUCAGGAAGAGCGUGGAGAACUUGGAGCAGCUGGCCUCGUCGCUGAGCUUUAACUCUGACAUGGACGACAACAUGCCGGGGUUCGAGGCCACUGUUGCCGUCGGCGUGACCAUCUUUGUGCUCAUCAUCGUCACCAUCAUUGCCUGCUUCACCUGCUCCUGCUGCUGUUUGUACAAGAUGUGUUGCCAACCUCGCCCUCGCCCGGUUGUGACUACCACGUCCACCACCGUGGUGCACACCCCCUACCCUCAGCCUCCAAGUGUGCCGCCUGCCUACCCGGCGCCGUCGUACCAGGGCUACCACCCCAUCCCCCCCCAGCCAGGGGUGGCAGCAGCACCGUACCCGGCACAGUACCCACCGCCCUACCCAGCAGCCCAGCCCAUGGGCCCACCUACCUACCACGAGACAUUGUCCGGAGGUGCGGCCACACCCUAUCCUGCCAGCCAGCCUCCUUACAACCCGGCUUACGUGGACCCCCCUAAGGCUGCCUACUGAGCGCGCCCCUGCAUCUCCAGUUGCCACUUGACACGUCAUGUGUGUCUGUGUGUGUCUGUGUGUGAAUGGCUAGGCAGGCACGGCCCUUUUCUCCCCGUGCAGGAUGUGUGUGUGUCGUGACUGGGAUGCUGACAGGUGGGGGCAAUCCUUGCCAGAGUUGCUGGGACCAUACUUCGUUCUCUUCCUCACUUCAAGUUUUGCUUCCUUGAAAUUUCAAACAAAAUUCCAAGAAUGGGGUGGGAGUUCAUGGCCAGACCACCCAGGGGGAUCGGUGUGGGGGGGCUCAUCACACUGGGGUGGCACAGCUUUUUGGCAGCGAGAUGUACACGUGCUCUGGCUUCAACAGAACGGCUCGGCCCCGUCCCCAGGGUGUGCGUCCCUUCGAAGACCCGGAGCUGGGAUGCCGGGGAGUGGGCGACGCCGGGACCUGGCCGAGCUGGGUUUUGAUCCCCAAGCCUGUGUCACGCCGCGUGGGAAGUGCGCAGCCUUGUGAUAGCAAAACGCCCGGGGACUCUUCUGCAGCCUCCCUGGGGCCACCUGGAGGGCCGUAGCCAGGGGCCCGGCCCUCUACCCCUGCGGGCAGGGCAGUCUCUGUCCACCUGCGCACUCAGGUGUCCUCCCUGCAGUGUUUGUUUUAUUUCUAGCCAAACAUUUUGCUUGUUUUCUGUUUUAAAAUGUAUGUGGUAGUUGCUGUGAGGCUGAAGCCCCUGGAUCCUGGAGGGAAAUCGGCCCCCAGAGGACAGGGACCAUCUGACCCUGGUGGUCCCUGCUCCCCUCACACCAGCCUCAGCACAGCCAGCUCCUGUACCCCCGGCCCAUUUUGUCCUUGCAGUGGGGACACCUAGGCCAGUCGGGCACCUGGACCCAAGGUGGAAGGGGCCCCUGCAGCUGGUGGCCCGGAUGUGAAUACCUCGGACCCCCCGCCCCCCACUGUUGCUGUCUCACCAGCUCUGUCUCAGCUUUGUGCCUGUUCGUGUGUUUCUGAGUCCGGGGUCUGUGCCUCUGUUUACAAUAAAUGC